AUGGAACUGAGAAUUUUAUUGGUGUCGUUGGUGUGCCUCUGUAUAUUAACGUUGCCUACCUUGGCCUCAGUGGCGCUGGCACAAGCGGUGGCCAAAACGGCCAUCAGCAAAGCGGCGGCCGUUGCAGGAGCCGGUGUGGCUUUGAAAACUGCCGCUGUCAAGGCAAUCGGCUCUAAGGCCCUCGCUGGAUUGGCAUUGAAGGCAGCUGUUAUUAAAGGUGGCCUGGCUGUAAAGGGAAUUGCUGCGGUGCUCGGUGCAAAAGCUCUGGCCGGACUUGUUCUCAAAGGAGCUGCUCUUAAAGGAGCAUUGCUGGCAAAAGGCGUUGUUCUGGGCAAAGGUGCACUUUUAGGCAUAGCAUCGGCGAAGGCUGGAGCGGUUUUAAAGGCAAAAUCCGCUGUUCUGGGGAAGAUACCCACUAUCAUCGACAUCGUAUCAGGAGCUUGGAGUCACGUUCAGAGGAAAAAGGAGAUAGUGGGCAAUGCGAUUGACAAGAUUACAGGUCAAGAGAAAAUUAUUGUUCGGUCACCACCAGUUUUAUAUGAGUACAUAACAAGGCCGAGAUAUUAUUAUGAAACCGUACCGUUAAUAGAAGAAAUAGAAUACUACUGA